UGUCGGGGGCGCGUCCCGGGCGCGGGCAUGGGCGGGGGCGCGCGGCGCCGAUGGACCUGGACGUGGACUACGAGCGACCGAACGUCGAGACCAUCAAGUGCGUGGUGGUGGGCGACAACGCCGUGGGCAAAACGCGCCUCAUCUGCGCCCGCGCCUGCAACGCCACCCUCAGCCAAUACCAGCUGCUCGCCACGCACGUGCCCACCGUCUGGGCCAUCGACCAGUACCGUGUGUGCCAGGAGGUGCUGGAGCGCUCCCGGGAUGUGGUGGAUGAGGUCAGCGUCUCCCUGCGCCUCUGGGACACCUUCGGCGACCACCACAAGGACCGGCGCUUCGCCUACGGCAGGUCGGACGUGGUGGUGCUGUGCUUCUCGCUGGCGAACCCCAACUCCCUGCGGCACGUGCGGAGCGUGUGGUACCCCGAGAUCAAACACUUCUGCCCGCGGACGCCCAUCGUGCUGGUGGGCUGCCAGCUCGACCUGCGCUACGCCGACCUGGACGCCGUCAACCGCGCCCGGCGCCCCUUGGCCAAGCCCAUCAAGGCCACGGACAUCCUGCCGCCGGAGCGCGGGCACGAGGUGGCGGCGGAGCUGGGGGUGCCCUACUACGAGACCAGCGUGGUGGCGCAGUUCGGCAUCAAGGACGUCUUCGACAACGCCAUCCGCGCCGCCCUCGUCUCGCGCCGCCACCUCCAGUUCUGGAAGUCCCACCUGAAGAAGAUGCGGCGGCCGCUGCUGCAGGCGCCCUUCCUGCCGCCCAAACCGCCGCCGCCGCUCAUCCGCGUGCCCGAGGCGGCGGCCGGCCCCGGCGGCGGCGGCGCCGCGGCGCUCUUCGGCAGCCCGCUCUGCGCCGACGUCGUCUUCCAGCUGGAGGGCGGGCAGCGCGUCUUCGCGCACCGCGUCUGCCUGGCCACGGCCUGCGCCAGGUUCUACGAGCUCUUCACGCUGGCGGGGCCGCGCGGCAAGGAGCCGGCCGCCCGCGCCCGCAGCCUGGACGGGGAGCGCGGCGCCCUGGCCGAGGCCGCCCUGCGUGCCGCCCACAGCGACGACGCCCUGCGGACGGCACCGGCGGACGGCGGCGCCCGCGACCUCUCGGCGUGGGGCCGCGGCUUCGUCAGCCUGCGCUGGGAGCCGGUGGCCGACCCGGCGACGGGCCGGGAGCGGCGCAUGGCGGUGGUGAGCAUGGAGCGGCGCGUGCCGGCCGAGCCCUUCCGCGCCGUGCUGGAGUACCUGUACAGCGGGCGGCUGGAGCGGGCGCGCGGCGACCUGCGGCAGGUGGCCACCAUCGCCGAGCUGCUGGAGGUGUUCGACCUGCGCAUGAUGGUGGCCAACGUGCUCAACCACGAGAGCUUCAUGAACCACGAGAUCACCAAAGCCUUCCACCUCCGCCGCGCCAACCGCAUCAAGGAGUGCCUGGCCAAGGGCGUCUUCGCAGACGUGGUGUUCCGUGUGGACGACGGCGCGGUGCCGGCACACAAGCCCCUGCUCAUCGCCGGCUGCGAUUGGAUGAUGGCCAUGUUCCGCGGCGCCUUCCGCGAGAGUUACGCCACCGAGGUGGCGCUGCCCGGCACCAACCGCGCCUGCCUGCGCGCCGUCCUCGACUUCCUCUACACCGGCGCCUUCUCGCCCGCGCCGGAGCUGGACGCCACCGAGCUGCUGGUGCUCGCCAACCGCCUCUGCCUGCCACGGCUGCAGGCGCUCACAGUACGCGGUGGAGGAGCUGCUCCGGGCGUUGGCGCAGCGCGCGGAGAUGGACGCGCAGGUGCUGCUCUUCCUGGAGCUGUCGCAGGCGCACAACGCGCCGCAGCUCGCCGCGUGGUGCCUGCACUACGUCUGCACCAACUACAACCGCCUGUGCCGCCGCUUCCCGCGGGAGAUGAAGCUCAUGCCGGCAGAGAACCGGGAGCACUUCGAGCGGCACCGGUGGCCGCCGGUGUGGUACCUGAAGGAGGAGGACCGGUACCUGCGGUGCCAGAAGGAGCGCGAGCGCGAGGAGCAGCUGCAGCGCAAACAGCGCCCGCGCACCAAAUGGUGCUUCUGGCGGCCAAACCUCGCCUGAGCCGCACCGGCACCGCCGCCUUCCCCGCGCACCGGGACCGCGGCCGCUGUGCCCCGUGUGCCGGGCCGUGCCGAGCCAGGCCGAGUGUGCCGUGCCAUGCCCGGCACGUGCCGUGCUGUGCCAGGUGUGCCGUGCUGAGCACCCCUGGCUGUGCCGUGCUGUGCCAGGCUCUACCAGGUUGUGCCGUGCCAGGCUCUGCCGUGCCAUGCCGGGCUGUGCUGUGCUCUGCCGUGCCGUGCCAGGCUCUGCCGUGCCGUGCCAGGCUCUGCCGGGCUGUGCCAUGCCGUGCCGGGCUGUGCCGUGCCGUGCCGUGCCAUGCCAGGCUCUGCCGGGCUGUGCCGUGCCGGCAGGGGCGGUGGCACAGCUGUGCUACCUCUGACCGCGCAGUAUUGUGGGGAGGGGGCUCUGUGCCCCCCGCCGGUGCCGGGCUCUCACCGGGCCGGAUUUGGUGCUGAUUCCCCCCCCCACGUGCCGGCGCCGCGCUGGGGGGGCCCCAAGGGCUCAGGGGGGGCAGAGACCCCCCAGUGCGGCACCCGGGGGUUCACCCCCUGGGGGGGGUC